GCACAGAGAGAAAAAUCUCAGAGAAGGGCAGGCAAAUGAAAAGCUCACCUGUCAGAGUUGCACAGCAGUUAUUUUUGUGUUUAUUUCGAUUUACACAAAACCUGCACCGUUUUUUUAACGUUUAAUGUAUUUUUAUUAAGUGACAAGGAGACUGGCGCACGGACCCUAAAUCCAAGGAUUUAACCAUGCCUAUAGGAAACACCCUCCUAGGGAAUUAAAGUUAAUAUGUCUGGGGAAUUUACGGACACUAACUGCGAAGGCUCGGGAGGGAUAGUCUAUUCUGCAAACUUCAGCCACAGCUGUAUUUUCAACACCACCAACCGCUCCGACGCGGACGCAGUCCACCUCAACAGGACAGAUUUUGUUGGAGAUGGCGCCGCUGUUGUGAGGAUUAUCAUCUCUGUCAUUUACUCGCUGGUGUGCGCUUUGGGUCUGGUUGGGAACUUACUGGUCCUUUACCUGAUGAAGUCUAAACAGGUGUGGAAAAAAUCCUCCAUCAACCUUUUCGUAACUAGUUUGGCAGUGACGGACUUCCAGUUCGUGCUGACUCUGCCCUUCUGGGCGGUGGAAAACGCGCUGGACUUCACGUGGCUUUUCGGCAAAGCGAUGUGCAAGAUCGUCUCCUAUGUGACUGCCAUGAACAUGUACGCCAGCGUGUUUUUCCUGACUGCUAUGAGCGUGGCGAGGUACUGGUCGCUGGCUUCUGCGCUCAAGGGCAGGCGGCGACGGCCACACUGCUGCUCCUCCGCGCGAUGCAUCACCGUGUUCAUCUGGUUCGCCGCCGUCUCCGCCGCUCUGCCGCACGCAGUGUUCUCCACAACCGUGACCGUCUCCAGUGAGGACUUGUGUCUCGUCAAAUUCCCGGACACAAAUGGAACCGCGCAGUUCUGGCUGGGACUGUAUCAUUCUCAGAAAGUGCUGCUGGGUUUUGUGGUACCACUGGGCAUCAUCUCAGCCUGCUACCUGCUCCUUUUGCGCUCCAUCACCUCCAAAAACAUCAACACAUCGUGCGCCAAGCGACGCGCAAAGGUCACCAAGUCUGUCACCAUCGUAGUCUUAUCCUUUUUCCUCUGCUGGCUACCCAACCAGGCUCUCACAGCCUGGGGUAUCCUCAUCAAACUCAACGUGGUUCACUUCAGUUAUGAAUACUACACCACGCAGGCGUACGUCUUCCCCGUGUCCGUGUGCCUGGCGCACUCCAACAGCUGCCUGAACCCCAUCCUGUACUGCCUGACGAGGCGGGAGUUCAGGAAAGCGCUGAAAAAACUCUUCUGGCGGCUGACUUCACCCAAAAUAAGGCCGAUUACAGGAACCACAAAGCCAGCGAUGGACGAGCGAGGACACGUCCUGCUCCCGGUCAGCGCGCCUGAAGAGCCCAAUGUGGUGUUUUAUCCCCCGGGGGCUGUCAUGUACCAUGACCGGCGGGAUCUGCCGCAAAACAGCACGUAG